AUGGACAUAUUCCGAGUGGAGGACUCACGUAACAGUCUUCUAUGUCUGUCUUGUGUCUAUGACCAUGAAGAAGCAUACAUAUACAAUCCUUUCAUCAGAGAACACAAAAGGCUGCCAAAUUGUAAUGAGCUUGAUGUGAAUGAGGUGGUUUAUGGUUUCGGAUUUCAUCCUGCUACUAAUGAGUACACAGUGAUAAAAAUAAGCUACUAUCCUCAUGUCUAUUAUGUACCUUGGUGUUUUCACAAGUCCGUAAAGUAUGGGUAUCCACUCUCAGAGGUUCACGUGUUCAGUCUGAAAAGCUAUACUUGGAGAAAGUCAAGAGGAAUUAUCUUACAAACUCCUGGGGUUUUAGUCGAUGGAAGGCUCCUCUGGGUGACUAGAUUUAAUUGGCACCUUGAUCGCCUCAUCAUUGCCUUUGACCUAUCUAAUGAUACAUUUCAAGAGGUUCCAAGGCCUGACUUCACUAAAGAGUACUCUUGGAUGCACAAGUUCAAUAUUGGAUCUUCCUCAAUUUUGAGUCAAGAUUUGCCCGAGUCAUAUGACAUAUGGAAGACUAGUUUGCAAAAGGAAACUGUUACAGUGAUGUGCCUCUUCAAUAAUGGUGAUAUCUUGCUCGAUUGUCAAGGUGGGAUUUUAAUUGCCUAUAGCACAGACAAGAAAAUCUUGAAGAGCAUAAGCCUUUGUGGUAUGCCGAAGUACUGUAAAACAACUGCUCAUGUAGGAAGCCUCAAUUGGAUUGACAGCUUAGCUUAA